AUGCCUAAAGAAGAAGAUUUCCAAUUACCUAGAAGAAGAGAGGCUGCUAAAAACGUGAAUUAUAAUGAAAUGGAAAUAGAUACUAAAUUAGUUCAACAAAUACAAAUAGCGGAAAAAAGUGGUGCUAAGACCAAGGGUAGCAAUAGCCAAACUCCCAGGAAUUGUAAAAGGACAAGCAAUCCAGCUAGUAGAAACGAGAAAUUCAAGUACCAAAAAUUCCUUCAUGAUAAGAAUACUUGCUGGAACUUUAUCCCUACAUUACCCCCUUCGUUCAGAAAGAAUAGCAGAUUCUCUAACAUACUUGAUCUAGAUGAUGCCAUGAUUGACUUGAAAAAGAUGUCUCUUUUCAAUACAGAAUCUGUCCUUUUAUCUGCGAACGACACUAUUUAUAUGAUAUCAGAGCCUGCUGGCGAGCCUUAUUAUGUUGGCAGAGUUGUAAAUUUUGUUAGUAAACCAGAAUUUUCUAACACUAUUCAUGAAGCUAUAAAGACAACAUCGGUCUUCCCUGCUAAAUUUUUUCAAGUUAGAAUGAAUUGGUUUUAUCGUCCUAGGGAUAUUCAAGAGCACGUAAAUACUUUUAACCCAAGGUUGGUGUAUGCAUCAUUACACCAGGACAUAUGUCCUAUUUCAUCAUACAGGGGAAAAUGUAGUAUAUUUCAUAAAGACGAAGUUUUUGAUGUUCUUCCUAAUGAGAAGGAAUGCAUUAUACGACCCAAUAUCUUUUACUUUGAUGAACUUUUUGACAGAUAUACUUUGAAAUAUUACAAAGUUUACAGCACGGAUAAAAUAUUAAAUAAAUGGAACAGUAAGUCGCCAUUUCUUUAUGUUUUGAAUAGGAGAUUUCGUUAUAUCUAUACAGAACCGAAGUAUCCAUUGGAGAACGUUUUGAAGAAAUACGUUUUCCAUGAACUAGAGGUAAACGAAUUAAGUCCUGCAGACUACCAAUGGGAUAAAAGAUGUCAGUUCUGUAAAGAAUGGUGUAUCCAAAAGGAGAGCCUUUCAUGUGAUGAAUGCGGCGUUUGUGCACAUCUAUACUGUAUGGAUCCGCCACUUGACAGGAAGCCGAACAAAGACGUCGUUUGGACCUGCUUCAGUUGCUUACAGAAACAACAAGGUACUAAGGACUCGCAUGUUAGGUUUCUAGAAGAACAAGCACUGGAACUGGAUUUUAUUCGCUCUGUAAGACAAAAAAUUGAAGAAAUUUCUAGCAAAGCUAUCAAAGAGAAUGUUGGUUAUAAUACCGAAAAUUGCUGGUUUCAAUACUUAGGAAUAUAUUCCAUUUCUCAUAUUGGUGACGCAUUAAAUGAUUCUAUGUUUUUUCCAUAUCCUUUCAAACCCUCUAGGGUAGGAGUGAAGUAUCAAUGGAACGGAUGUAAUCAUAAUGUGCCCUGGAGGCGGAACUCGUAUAUAAGUGCAAAUUCAGAAGAAGAGCGAGGCUCAACGAAAACUUCGGAACUAGCAUGGGUACUUGAUGCAUCAAAAAUUACUACUCGAAAAUUGAGUGAAUAUAUUGAACAAUGCAAAAGCGAAAUAUGCCCUAUUCUCAAUGUGAGAGGUGAGACUUGUAAUUUCAUUGAUGUAGUCCUAAAGAAUUUAUUAUUUACAAAUUAUGAUACAGCAGAGGCAUUUAAAAAAUGUAAAAGGGAGCUUUCCAGAAAAUUUUUGAAAGAGCCAAGUUUUACCGCCGUGGAGAUCCGAAAGUUUGAGGAAGCUGUCGAGAAAUUUGGGAGUGAAUUACGCCCAGUGUGUGAGUAUGUGGGCACUCAACCUAUGUCGAUGAUUGUUAGAUUUUAUUACAAUUGGAAAAAGACUGAAAGAGGCCUUACCGUGAGAGGGAAAUUGAGUAAGUUAUCAAAGAAUAAAAGAAAAAAAGAAAUCGCUAAUCAUGAAAAUGACGUAGAGACAAAGUAUAUAGAUGAUUCUUCUUUUGAUACUGAGAAACUCUCUUUAGCAGAAUCCUCCUUCCAAUGCAUGUUUUGUAAAACAGAUUACUCCCCGAUGUGGUAUAGAGUUACUGGAGGUUCAGAUGAUGAAAAGAUCAAGAUAAGAAUGCAGACAGGAGUCAACGAAAAAACAGAAAUUUCAGAGAAAUCGCCUGCCCAUAGCAAAAAGAAUGAAAAACUUGGCGCUCUUUGCAUUCGUUGUGCUCGUAUGUGGCGAAGAUACGCAAUUAAGUGGGUACCACCGCUUGAAACAUUGAGAAAAAUAACGGGAACCUGUCAGAAUAGUUUUUAUUCAGCGAUAGAAGGGAUUAUAGAGGAGAAUAACACAAACAAGUUUACGUUAUCUCCCUUUCAAGCUCAUAAUAAACUACUAGAAUGGGAACUUGUUCAGGAUUCAGAGCUAAUUAUCAGGCAAAGAAUGAAAGUUUACAAGAACCCAAAUUCAUUUGUGAAAAUGAAGCGGUAUUCCAUGACAUUCCACACGCAACUCUACAAAAUGGCUGUGAGAUCAUAUCGAAAGAAUGAGUUUCACCCGGAGACGAUGCAACGAGAUCUUGAGCUAUUUAUAGAGGACAACAAAGAGGUAAGAAAAGCCAUCCCUGAACAAAAGCCAGAAAGAGCGAAAAACACAAAGGACGAAUUUCCCGUGAACAUAAUUCGACAAUCACCUGGUACUAUCAAAACAAGUGAUACAAGCCGAAAUCGCAAGUGCAACGAUGUAUUUAUCGAGAAGGCUAGUAAUAACAAUAUUCCUAAAAUCACUAAUGCUUCGAAUGAUUUGAUAGAAAUUUCAAUUAAAACAGGCGGCAGUUCUUCUGGUUCAGUGUCUGUAGAUAAAGGUUUUAAAUUUGUCAAAUUUGAUAACAAAACAUUUCAGCGAUUACGGAAUAGCUUAAAGUUAGUGAAUAAUAAGCUGCCAAAAUAUAAUGAACCUUCAACGAAGAAGAUCAAAAUGAUCAAUGACAUAGCGUUAAGUAAUCCGUUAAACGAACCAAACGGGGCAUCGUACAAUUAUACAGUUAUUUCACAUUCUAAGGAAACUUCUGUCGCCCUUGAAAAAUACCAUGAUGGUAAUAAACCGAGCAAAAUGUUAGAGAAAGACAUGAUUUUGAAACACACUAAGAAUAAACCAAAAAAUCCUGAUACAGCAUGGGCAAAUAAUAGCGCAAGGACUUUUUGUAGUGUCUGCAAAGAAAAAUUUAACGACAAUGACAACUAUGAGGUAGUAUGUGGUAAUUGUGGACUUACAGUACACUACUUCUGUUAUGCUAUUAAACUGCCGAAAGAUAUGAAGAAAAACACUAACCUUAAGACAUUUAAAUGGUUAUGUGACCCUUGUUCAAAUGACCUCAAUCCUAUAAUAUCAACGACCUACCAAUGUAGUAUGUGUCCUACGAAGGACUAUGACUAUGAUAGAUAUAGGAGCCAAUCAUUUAAAAUAUGUCCAGACGCAUUGAAAUGCACGAGCUUAGGGACAUGGGUGCAUUUGGUUUGCUCACUUUUCAAUGAAGAUAUCAAAUAUGGAAACGGACAAUCAAUGCAACCUGCCCUUAAUACCACUGCUGUGCUUAUUAAACAUAGUAGAUUUACAUGUGGUGUGUGCAGGAUAAAUGGAGGUGGGUUAGUGAAGUGUAACAAAUGCCAAUAUAGGUAUCAUAUUACAUGUGCACAGAACAGCUCCAAUUUUAAGCUUAUGUUUGAAAAGAAAAAUAUGUCUGUAGACACCACUCUACCGUGCAUAAAGGAUGUCAAGCUUAACGAUACAUACACUUUGAGACCUAUACUAAUAUGCGAUAGACACGAUAUCAGCUUAGAAGGAAACGAACUUUAUCCAUUAUCGUACAAGCCUCAACAUACUCUGUCAUACAUAGAACAAUACUGCAGAUAUUAUAAGUGCGAAUCUGACCAUAGUCUAGUGGAGUUGAGAUAUUUUGAACAGCUUAGACUGCGACACGGCGAAAUGCCAGGAAACUCACACGACUCUGCUAUUAAACCCAAAAUUUACGUACUUCCUUUCGAAAGGACUUGCCCACAUUGUGGUACAAACAAAAGUUUAUACUGGUAUGAAGAUAUUAUUUGCCAUUCUUGCAAUUUGAGAUCAGGUGCCCAAGAACUCGAUUUUGAUAGCGCAUCUGCUAAUAUCUCUAACGAUAACGGUUUACCAGUCGAAAUUACCCAGCAAUUGAUGGAAGGAAUUGAGCCAGCUAUGUUUGAUAUCGAUAUUUCAGAAGCUGGUACCGACAAAAAUACGCAUCCAUCAAGCCAGUAA